AUGGAGGAGAUGUACCUGCUGAACUACCCAGGGGUCAAGAAGAAGAUUCUGUCUGGAGGGAAUGGCCCAAUGCCCCACUUUCCACCGGGGACCAAGGUAAGACAUAACACCCUCAGACAUGACAGUGUGCGUCUGUGAUGGCAUCCUAUUCCUUCUAUAGGGCAAUACUUUUGACCAGGGCCUGCGUAGGGCUGUGGUCAAAAGUAGUGUCCUAUAUAGGGAAAAGGUUGCCAUUUCAGAAACUGCUGAACUCUAGAUAUGCCUAGGGUUUAAUGUGUGGAGGAAAUUAUGUAAUGUAUAAUUAGCAUUGUGUAGUAAUGAAUACUUCACAGAAUUAUGUAUAUUUUUAGAGAGUUGUAUUUCGCUGCCCACCUCGAUUAGAAUAAUUCAUGCGAGGGGGUAAAAUAUUCUGUAUCUGGGUGUAACACACAAUGUGAACAUUUGGUCAACACAAUUGCUACAAGGCGUAUUGGCAUCUGUGGGGUUUAAACAGUCACGGAUCAGUGUGUUCGUGCACAGGCUUUGUGGUACUGAUCUAUGGCUGAUGACGUCCCCUAACUACACACACACACACACACACACACACACACACACACACACACACACACCAUCUCAUCAUGUCCAGCCAUAUGGCCCCAGGCCUGGAGUCCAAUGAUGACUAACAUUUUCCUGGACAAUGAAAACCUGAAUAUCUGUCCCGUUCGCCAGCUGUGUUCUGUGUUGUUCCCAUUCUGUCGGGAGCCUCCUACUCGCUGUCACACAGUUCAAACAAAUGACUCCCGUUAAAGAGAGCAAAGGAAGGUUGGGGCCAUAGCAUUCAAAACACACAGAGUUGAGCAGAGGGUCAGCCAGAAUCCAGACACACACAAACACAGUCCAAAUGACACUAUGUAUGUGUAGGUGCAAGUGCGUACAUAUGUGUGUGUGUUGACGAUGGAAAGCUCUGGAACAUAUGACCACAGUUAUCCCUCCCCUCUCUCCUCCUCUCCAUCCAAGCUGGUGUUCCACUUCCAGACGCUGUUGGACAACUUUGAGCGCACAGUGAUUGAUGACAGUCGUAAAGCCAAAGCCAAGGUGCCAAUGGAGAUCUUUGUGGGGAAGAUGUUCAAGAUGGAGGUGUGGGAGACGCUGCUGACCUCCAUGAGGAUAGGAGAGGUGGCCGAGUUCUGGUGCGAUGCCGUUGUGAGUCCAGGGACCAUUUAAAUACACACAAAUAAACACACACAGACGCCUUCACCUCCCUAUGCGAAACAGAGGCCACAGUCAGGAGAUCCAGGGACCCCAAAUUGUCUGGUAAUUAGUGUUCACUGGGAUGGCGGAGGAAGCUUUGCUCUCCUCAUACUUAUGCAGAUGAACCAACCUCUGUGGCCUCCUACAUACACUAUUAAAAACUAAAACAGAUACAUCUUUUUGGCCGCAACAAUUUCUCUAUUUCUCUCUCCUUCUGGGAAAAGCAAAGAGUAGGAAACAUUUGCAAGUCAAAUGGGGGUUGUGAUUCGUUAGUUUAGGGCCGCUGGUUCAGCAACCAGCAGGGCGGAGGUGAAAAAGUACCUCCAGAGUCUAUUUUAGUCACAUUGAUGUUGUGCGUGUUUGUUUCUCAAAUUGACUCUGUGUCACAACAGAGUUGUUGUUUGUGUGUGUGUGUGUGUGUGUGUGUGUGUGUGUGUGUGUGUGUGUGUGCAGCCUAGUCUCAUAGACUAGACAUAACAUAGUAAAUGUAAAUCCGGGACACUCAAAUUAGUAUGAUACUGUAUGUUACGUUUGGUAUGGUUAUAUAAGAUAGAAGGUUACUUAAAGCAAAAACGAAGAAGGGUGGUUGGUCGGGGUGGGCGUUUAACACGAACGUCUAGCAACCCAAAGGUUGAGUGUAUGAAUCUCAUCACGGACAACUUUAGCAUUUUAGCUAAUUAGCAACUUUGCAACUACUUACUACUUUUUAGCUACUUUGCAUGUUCGCUAACCCUUCCCCUAACCUUAACCCUUUUAGCUAACCCUUCUCCUAACACUAACCUUAACCCUUUUAGCUAACCCUUCCCCUAACCUUAACCCUUUAACCUAACUCCUAACCGUAACCUUAACCCCUAGAACAGGGCUCUCCAACACUGUUUCUGGAGAGCUGCCCUCCUGUAGGUUUCGCUCCAACCCUAAUCUAGCACACCUGAUUCUAAUAAUUAGCUGGUUGAUAAACUGAAUCAGGUUAGUUACAACUGGGGUUGGAGCGAAAACCUACAGGAGGGUAACUCUCCAGGAACAGGGUUAGCGACCUAGCUAACGUUAGCCAAAACAAAUUGCAAUUCGUAACAUAUUGUCCUAAUUGCAAUUCGUAACAUGCCAUACGAAAUGGAUGAUGGACAUCCACAAAUUAACACAUACCAUACGAAACGUAACAUAUCAUACUAAAUGGAGUGUCUCGGAUUUACGUACAGAAUAAUACGAAAUGCUCUGAGACCACGUUGGUUUGUGUUUCUGACACUAUUUGAGUUACAGUGGUGUCUUUUCUCAUCUCAGCACACAGGCUUGUACCCCAUCGUGUCCAAAGGGAUGAGGCUGAUUGCCCAGGGCAAGGACCCCCUGGAGGGCCAGAGGCACACGUGUGGAAUGGGGAACAUGUUCCACUACAACACUACUGGCUGGCCUGAGCUGGAUGAACUGAUGAGGACACCUCAGGCACUGAUCUUCAUCAUGGAGCUCAUUCAGGUAACAAGCUAUUACAUUAUCAUCAUUACUUUUGUUAUUAACCCUUCAUUUACUUGGUGAAUUGACAGUGACAUUUACAUUAAAGACCUGGGGAGGAGUUGCAGGAAGAGGAGAGGGGUUAAAUGCGUUACACACAACACACAUUAAGUUAGCACAGAUGGAAUACCAAGCGCCAGUGGUUAUACACCUACUCCAUUAGAAGUACACACCCCUCAGUUUAUGAAAACAUCUCUCAAUGUGAACAGCAACACACCUCUGCCACUCACACACAUCUGUCCAAAGAAACACAUCUCGGCGCCCACAAACAAACCUCCAGACAAUAAUUUCCACCCGUUACAUUACAAGCCGACUCCAAACACAGCCUUCUCUCUCUGUCUCCAACAAACAACAGCUCAUCCUACCUCAACCACUCAGUUCACAAACAAAACGGCUUAUGUAACCAGCCACUAACCACCAGGGGGGCUAGCGGAGUUAAAGGCAACACAUUCAAUCCUCAGCCAAGUGGAGCCGGGUUGUGUUCAGUAGGUACCAAACAGAAGACAACGGGGAGGGACUAACAGGUCUUGUCCAAUUUCCAUUGCAAAAGAUUUUGUUACCAUGUGCCUGAAUGAACCAGACCCUGAAUUACUUUUUCCAAUUGUUCUGCCUGUCGCCCCUGAUCUCCCCAGGUGGGAGACCCCUUCUCGUACAAGCGGGAGUCGUGGAUAAUGGACAAGGAUGAGAAGAUGAAGGAAGUGCCCUCGCUCCACCUGCAGGGCAAUGCGCUGGUCAGACAGGGAUGCUUCAGAGAGGCUGCCAAGAAGUACCAGGAAGCUGUGGUGCUACUCCGGAUCGUACUGUCCAAGGUGAGAGGAGGGAGGGGAGGGAGGGAUAGAAAAUAACAGGAGAGGUUAUGACAUGAAGAGUGAAAGAAAGGGGUAUGGAGGGAGGGGAGGGAUUGGAUUGGAAAAGAUAAAUGUAGGGAGCGAAGGAGGAUAUGAUGGGAAGGAAAUAAAAAGAGAUGGAGCGGAAAAGGAGGCAGAGCAUCCAUGACAUACAACAUGAGGAGGGAGGGAGGGAUAAUAUCAACAUGAUAAAGAAACAGGUUACAGACACUAAUUUAACCCUUUCCCAACCUGUAGGAGAUGCCAGGUGAUGAGGACUACAUAGCCGUGGACAGGCUCAUCACCCCCCUAGUGUUGAACUACUGCCAGUGCAUGUUGGAGCUGGAGGAGUACUAUGAGGUUCUGGAGCAUACCAGUGACCUGAUACACAAACACAAAGGUAACACAUACAGAUACACAGACACACACGUGUGACUCUGCCUUAUAUAUGAGAGAGAGAGAGAGAGAGAGAGACUGCCAAGUGCCUUCCUCUCAUCUCCUCUCCUUUCUGUCCUUCCCCAUCUCUCACUCUCUCCCCAGCCUCUUUCAUUUUACAUUUACAUUUUAGUCAUUUAGCAGACGCUCUUAUCCAGAGCGACUUACAGUUAGUGAGUGCAUACAUUUUCAUACUGGCCCCCCGUGGGAAACGAACCCACAACCCUGGCGUUGCAAGCGCCAUGCUCUACCAACUGAGCUACAGGGGAGUCAUGUCAUUGUUACCUUGUCGUCUUUAUCACUUCCAAUCUGCCAUUCAACCUUUCAUGAGCGUCCCCUCCAUCCCUCCAUCUGGGAUACAUCUUCUUUCUGAGGGGCACUCUGAGUCGGUGAAGGCUCUCCGUGGCGCACUGGCUCUGUUAUUGCUAGAGGCUAUGAAAAAAUCUAUUUAAAUGUUGGCAGAAUGAAAGAUUUAGAGGGGAGUGGGGAUGAAAUAGAGAGGAGAGGAGAGGAAAGCCAUCAAUGGGGAUCUAAACCAGGCCCUCCAGCCCACUCCUCUCCACUCCUCAGAGAGACAGGAUUAGGUGGUGUGUGUGUUCUGAGACAGGGGGCCUGAGACAGGGGACCUCUCUUUUUUAUGUAUCUAUUAUUCUUUCUCUUAGACUCCCUCUGUCUCUCUCUCUCACUCACACCCUAAGUGGGUAUCUUUUCUCUCUCUGACGUGUUCUCCGCUGAUAAGAAAUACAGUAAUUGGCGAUGUCAUAUUCAAGCAUGCACAGCCCUAGAUGAGUAAAAAUGGCUAUCUUAGCUACUGCAUAUUGGUUAGUGACACUACACUAGCGCAUCCAUUCUAAUGAAGCCUUACUUUCGAAGAUAGUAGUGAAUAUUGAUGAAUAUCUCUCUCUCUCUCUCUGUCUCGCCACCCUUUCCAUCUCCCUCCCUCCCGCUCUCCUACAGACUGUGUAAAGGCCUACUACAAGAGGGCCAAGGCCCAUGCUGCAGUGUGGAACGAGAAGGAGGCCAAGAGAGACUUCAACAUGGUGGCCAAUCUGGACAUCACUCUGGCCCCUCUGGUGCACAAAGAGCUGAAGUUCCUCGCUGAUAGACUGAAGGAGAAAUACUGGGAGGAGAAGGAGAAAUACUGGAACUGCCUGGAGCAAGAGGAGAAACAGGGGAAGAAAGAGGAAGAUGAGGAGGAGGAAGAUGAUGAGGGGGAAGAGGGCAAGAAAGGGAAGAAGGAAGAGAAAGAGGAUGGUGAGAGCACAGAGACCAAGGUGAAAGAUGAGGAGGAAAGCAAAGAUAACUCGGCCUCUUCCAAAGAGGAAGUGAAACAUGACAAGCAGGAUGAGACAGGAUGGAAAAAGGCUAUAGAGAAGGAUGGAACAACCAUUACUGCUACAGUGAAGGAUAAGGCUAAAGUGAAGGAUAGAACCGCCAAUCAGGCUACAAUGAAGGAUGAAACAGCCAGUAGGAGGACAGAGAGCACCCCGGAAACCCAGCCAGAGACUAAUCAGAGUGCUCUGUCCGUGAUAGAGGGGAUGGAUUGGCAGCAGAAGUUACGACACAUCAUGUUCCUGGAAAAGGAGGGUAACUUCCUGCUUACAGAGCAGAAAUACAGCGAGGCCACAAGAAAGUUCAAGGAGGCUCUGGAGUAUGUGGACUUCAUUCAGAACAAGGUUUGUGUCCAUUAAUUUGCAGCUUCAUUCAAUGGUGUGUUAUUUUGUUCAGUGGUCAGUUCAUUCAAUGGUGUGUUCAUUCAGUGAUGUGUUCUUUCAAUAGUGGAAUGUUCAUUCAUUCAAAUCAAAUCAAGUUUUAUUUGUCACAUGCGCCGAAUACAACAGGUGUAGACCUUACCGUUAAAUGCUUACUUACAAGCCCUUAACCAACAAUGCAGUUCAAGAAAUAUAGUUAAGAAAAUAUUUACUAAAUAAACUAAAGUAAAAAAUAAACUAAAAAGUAACACAAUAAAAUAACAAUAACGUGGCUAUAUACAGGGGGUACAGGUACCAAGUCAAUGUGCGGGGGUACAGGUUAGUUGAGGUAAUAUGUACAUGUAGGUAGGGGUAAAGUGACUAUGCAUAGAUAAUAAACAGCGAGUAGCAGCAGUGUAAAAACAAGGAGGGGGGGUUAAUGUAAAUAGUCCGGGUGGCCAUUUGAUUAAUUGUUCAGCAGUCUUAUGGCUUGGGGGUAGAAGCUGUUAAGAAGCCUUUUGGACCUAGACUUGGUGCUCCAGUACCGCUUGCCGUGCGGUAGCAGAGAGAACAGUCUAUGACUUGGGUGACUGGAGUCUGACAAUUUUUUGGGCUUUCCUCUGACACCGCCUAAAUAUAGGUCCUGGAUGGCAGGAAGCUUGGCCCAAGUGAUGUACUGGGCUGUACGCACUACCCUCUGUAGCGCCUUACGGUCAUUGGUGUGUUCAUUCGGUGUUAGGUCUUCAUUCAGUGUGAAACAACCAAUUCAUCUAGCAGUCACUGCUGUUGAACAUCAGAGAACUUAUAAUACAGAGAUAAAAUAAUUAGUUAUUAGAAUGACAGGCUGAAAAAUAAAAUAAAAUGUUGUUAUGAAAUAGUUAAGAAUGAUGACGACAAUGCAUUAAGGCAAUAGGACAUUUGUUGGGUAAUGUUUGUGUUUUGGAUAAUCUUUUGAACAUACAACUGCCAACUUUGGAAUGUUGGUCAUUGUUUGAACAGUGUGCAAGCGCCUCAAGAAGACUCCUCAAUGAUACAUGUUACAUAAGAGCCAUUGGUUCUUGGCAUCUCACAGGCUCAAUUCAUUUUACAUUGCUGCCACUCCACUGAAGUGAGAAGAGCAAGGCUAUAGGAUUGAAGGUACACUGGCAGAACAGAACAGGAACAGGAAGAGGAGAGCUAAAAAUAACAGAGAGACCCUUGGAGAUUUUUUGAGUGACAGCGCUCACCCAAGCAUCUCUUUCUCUAACUCUGUCGUUCCCCUCCAUCUCACUUUCCUCUGUGUAUCUCUCUUUGUCUCUUCCUAUUCCUCUCUCUCCCCUCCCUCUACCGCCCUCUAUCUCUCCCCCUUCGUCUCUUUCUCCCUCUCUCUGUCUCCCCCUCCCUUCCCCUAUCUCUCACUUCCUCUUUCCCCUUCUCUCUCUCUAUCUCCCUUACUGUCCCUUUCUCCACUCCCUCUUGCUAUCCCCCCUCUCUUUCUCUCUCCUUCUCCCUCCAUCUCCCUGUGCAGAUGGUGUGCUAUAAAGAGAGGAGGGAGGACUGGGACUCUCUGGAGAAGGUGCGUGUGCCGAUCACGCUCAACCUCAGCCAGUGUCUGCUCGAGCUCAGGGACUACCAGGAAGUGGUGGCGCUCAACACCAAGCUGCUCAAGAAACACAGAGGUACUUUCUCACACACACACUACCUUUCUUUCUCUCGGUCUGCCUUUCUCUUCCUUUGUCUCUGUCUCUUUGUUUCUUACCUCUCCCUACCUCUGUCUCGGUCUCCCUCUCUCUUCCCCCGUACCUCUGUCUCCUUGUUGUCUUUUUUUCUCUCAUUCACUUCCCCCUCACCCCUUUUAUACAUUUUUAUCCCACUCUCUAUCUCCCUCUUUCUCUCUCUUCCCUACUUCUCUUAUUCUCAUGGCUGAGAAGCAGCUGCCAUUGCCCUCGAGAACCCAAGGCAUUAACAAGGCAUUCUGCCUUAUCCCAAGGGUUCUCAGAGCACCGCUUACAGGUGGGACCAUGUAAUGCAAUCCAGACGCUCUGUUUUAAGUUUAGAAACGUCAAUAAUCAUUGCUUGCGAUACGAUUUUCGAAACAUAUGGAACUUAUCUUUCAUAUCAGUGAGAAAGAAUCUUUCAAAUAAAAAAUAUACACUUACCCCAGCUAGCACAUCUGAUUCAUUGGAAGUUGUGGGAACAUAUGUUUUUGGUUUCACAUUGGUUGUGGGAACGAAGCCAUACGUUUCCUGACCUGUAAAACUGACCGUUUUCUAAACGUUCUGAGAACAGAAGUGACCAUUUCGCCUGUUCUGGGAACGUUUACUUUUAGUUUGCAGGGAGGUUCUGAGAAUGUUUUCUCUGGUUCCUUGAAAGUUUUCCAGGGAGGUUUUAUUAACGCUCUGAGAACAGAAAUGAUAGGUUAUUUGGAGGUUUUUGAAUAACUUCCUUAACUUUCACUGAAUGUUUCAAUAAGCAUGCCAUGUUUUUUUUUUAUGCAUACAAAACUGUUCAUUUUAGUCUAUUAAAACCCCAUUUUAAAGGAAUCAAGCACUCAUUAAGAUCAGGUGUGGCUAAUUAGUGGGCACACCUGAACAUACUUAACAAGAUAGAGGAUGGAGAGAGUUUUGUUGAUGCUGAGAAUGGAAUGUAUAUGUUUUUAAAUAACAUUCUUAGAAUAUUCUCUGAACGUUACAACAAUUUUAUUUUGGUUUUUAUGGAACGUUUUCUUAACGUUCUCGGAACAAUGAAAACAAUACUUUAAAUAGAACCAUGAGGAAACCUGUAGGAAAUGUUAUGCUGAAAUUCUCACAGAAGAACGUUGUUUCUUAACAUUCUGGAACAAUUUGAGAACAUGACUAUAAAUAGAACCAUGAGGAAACGUUAUGCUGAAGUACUGAAAUUCCCACAGAAGAACGUUGUUUCUUAACGUUCUCUGAACUAUUUGAGAACAUUCACAAUGUCAAACCAGUUGGAUAACGUUUCUAGAACAUUAUCAAAAUUGAAAUUAAACGUAACCAAGUUUUAACUUUUAGGAAAUGUUCUGUUAAAGUAAUGAAAUACCAAGAAAAUAACUAUCCUGCACCAUUCCCAGAAAGUUGUGGGAAGGUUGUAUGCAAAAUAACCAUAGGAUAACCACGCUCUCAGUUGGAGAACUCUAAGAAAUAUAUGGUUCUCAGAACGUUAUGUGCUAGCUGGGCUCUGUUUGGACUUUAACGCUCUACAUCUGUAGUAAAAAUGCUUGGACUUGAGCAGACCUUGCCAUUGUGUUGCUCCCCGACUUGAUUUUUCAAUCUUUCUCUCUCCCUUUUUUCUGGAAGUUGCCAAACCCACUUGCAUUAUUGUGUUUCUUCCUUGGUACUGUACUCUUAACACAACAGUCAGGAGUGAAAUUAAUUGUUUUCUGUUUUCAUGACUUGCCCUCAUGGGUUGAGGAUCAAACAUUCCUGCUAGCCAAGGUUUGAACUCCCCCUUUCCUGGGGGCCAGUUUUAUGACUUAACAGCCGGUCAUAAAUAGUUUGCAGAAGAGGACUCCUUUUGGUCUCUAGUAUGGGAAGAAAGAAUGUCCCUGUGAGACAAAGGAAGUCUUCCUGCCAAGACUCCAACAUCCAAAAAUGGAUAAUGAAACAAUAUUCCUACUUAAAAGAAUGUGGGAAAUGGUCAGUGGGGAUCUAAAGAAUAAUCAUGUCAUAUUGUUUAUUAUUUUGUGAUGUCAUUAAGGAUGGUAUCAAGUAAUAACUGUAACUCGGAAAGUGUACAUAUUCUAUCUGUCAAGUUUACAUCUAAAUGUUGUAUAAAAUAUUUGAUUAAAUAUUAGCGUAUUUUGGUGAAGAUAGGAAUGUGAUUUUAGUCUUCUAAUGAGAUAAUAGCUUUUCAUAUAAACUAUGCACAGUGACUAGCCACGCCCCGAGUGACAUCAGAGAUCAUGUAAACAUGAUGGAACGCCCCUUUUACCCCAAGUGCAUAAAAAGCCUUGUGACGAAAUUCACCUCAGACCAGCAGACGUGAAGCGUGAGCUAAACAUUGCAAAUGGUUGAAUUUCUACCAGACCAGUAAGCCCCACGGCUUAAAAUGUUUGACACUCUACAAGACCAAGAAGCGUGAAGCUGAAGCUACACGUUACAAAAUGGUUAGACUAGAAAGACCAGAAAAUGUGAGACGUUAGUCCACACGUUUGAAAUGGAGAAACUCUGAAACUCUCAACCUCUACACGAGGUGAAGAAGAAGACAAUGCACUAGACCUUAUCAUCUCAGUCUGCAGCUGGCAUGUAUAGUCAUCUAGAGAACUUUCACUAAAGACACGAGUUGGAAAGGACAAUCCCUCUCCGACAACCGCUGGUACAUCUGAAGUAUCCAUUCUAACCACCACUACAACCAGAAACUCUACCAAGGACAUUGAGAUCUCUGGUGGGCAAACCAGAGUCCUACAUCAUCAACUCAACUAUCGAGGACAGCAACACAUAAAUACAUGUUACAUUUCUAAUCCGAAUGAGCGUUAUUAGGGUGCAUAAGUAUUAUGAUUACUGUGAGCAUAGUCUCCAAAGUAACCACAAUAGUUUGAAUCUCUGUCUCUCCCUUCCACUCUGACUCUCCUUCUACCCAAGCAUUUAUGCUAAUGUUAGUCCAGUCCACUAGGGACCUGUUUUCAUUGUAUUACGUUAGUAAUCAAUAACCUAUGUGUGUGUUUGUAUUGUAUUGUGUUAUUAUUUAUUUAUUUAGUUAGUUAGUAAAUAAAUAAUUAAGCCAUGUAUUUAGAUUGUAGGUAGGUAUUGUAGUUAGGUAUUGUAGGUAGUUUAUCUAGGUAGUUAUUGUAGGUAAUUCUUGUAGGUAAGUAUUGUAUUCGGCUGAGCCCGGUGAAGCACGAGGCUAGCUAACCCACUACCUGGAUCAAUAAAGCUAGCUAGCUAGCGGGUAGCUACUGGUAACUAUUAGCAACUGUGGAUAGUUGUUUCCAAUGUUAUUUCACGCUUAAGAGUACCUGUAAUUAUGCCAGCUAGCUACCUACCAUUCAGCUGUUUUUCUAACCUCAUUAUCUGAAGCGUUAACGUUAGGUAGUUAGUAGCUACUGUACUCGAAAUGUAGCUAGCUUGUUGCUACCUGGAUAGCUAACUAAACAAUAGCUGGAACGAUCUUGCUGUAAUGUUUGGAGACGCUUUCUCUCCGUUGGGACAGACGCGAACUGGCUGAAUCGAUUCAGUGGCUAGCUUUGCACUUAACUGGCUAACAGUAGCUACUAAGGGUAAGUUAUAACCGACAUUUAUUUUAAUUUAGUUUUUACAUACUGGUAACCAGAGUCGUUCCUAGGGAAUUUGGGACAUGGGUGACUAGUUAAGGUUAGCUUGGCUCUCUCUGUGUGUUUCGUGCCAUGGGAGGAGGGGUUGGUUCAUUGGCAGAGAGCAAUGGCUAGCUAGUAUGCUAACUAUUCUAGCUAACUAACUGGAUGAAUAAGUUGACGACAUACUCACUCAAACUGUCAAAACUAACCCAAAACUUUACACAACGUUAGACACGGACACGACUGAUCUGUUUGGCGUGUUAACACACUGUUGGUUUGUUGUAACCGAGUAUUGGUGCUAAACCGUGUUAUUGGAGGCUGGCAUGCUAGUUGGCUAUGGCUUCAUAGGAUUCGGUGCCCUGGGCGGUUUUCACGGAAGAAUACUGUACCAAGUUAGCUAGCUGAAUAAACUAAGUUAGAGUCUAUUCCUAGAAAACAUUGAACCGCUGUAGUUUACAACAAUUAUAAUUUCUAAAGUGGAAGUUGGGAGAGUUAUAUUUAAGUGUUUCAGUGAAACGUAAGUGAGGGAGGCCCCACUCUCUCGCUUUCCCAGAUGUUUAGUUCAUUUCAUUCCGAUCUCCUUUGCAUUAUUGUAGCCUUUUUCUGUAGCCUGUCAACUAUGUGUCUGUCUAUCCCUGUUCUCUCCUCUCUGCACAGGCCAUACAAAUGCUUCCCACCGCGUGGCUGCUGCCACUCUAAUCUGGUGGUCCCUGCGCGCACGACCCACAUGGAGUUCCAGGUCUCCGGCAGCCUCUGGAACUGCCGUUCUGUGGCCAACAAGGCAGAGUUAAUCUCAGCCUAUGUUACCCUCCAGUCCCUCGACUUCUUGGCGCUGACGGAAACAUGGAUUACCACAGAAAACACUGCUACUCCUACUGCUCUUUCCUCGUCUGACCAUGUGUUCUCACAUACCCCGAGGGCAUCUGGUCAGCGCGGCGGUGGCACAGAAAUCCUCAUCUCUCCCAAGUGGACAUUCUCUCUUUUUCCCCUGACCCAUCUGUCUAUCUCCUCAUUUGAAUUCCAUGCUGUCACAUCAAAUAGCCCCCGCGAUAUGCAACUUUUCAGGGAAGUUAGGAACCAAUAUACACAAGCAGUCAGGAAAGCAAAGGCUAACUUUUUCAAACAGAAAUUUGCAUCCUGUAGCACUAACUCCAAAAAGUUUUGGGACACUGUAAAGUCCAUGGAGAAUAAGAGCACUUCCUCCCAGCUGCCCACUGCACUGAGGCUAGGAAACACUAUCGCCACCGAUAAAUCUACAAUAAUCGAGAAUUUCAACAAGCAUUUUGCUACAGCUGGCCAUGCUUUCCAUCUGGCUACCACUAACCCGGCCACCAACUCUGCACCCUCUGCUGCAACUUGCCCAUGCCCCCCCCCGCUUCUCCUUCACACAAAUUCAGACAGCUGAUGUUUUGAAAGCGCUGCAAAAUCUGGACCCCUACAAAUCAGCUGGGCUAGACAAUCUGGACCCUUUCUUUCUAAAACUAGCCGCUGAAAUUGUCGCUACCCCCUAUUACUAGUCUGUUUAACCUCUCUUUCAUAACGUCUGAGAUCCCCAGAGAUUGGAAAGCUGCCGCGGUCAUCCCCCUCUUCAAAGGGGGUGACACUCUAGAUCCAAACUGCUACAGACCUAUAUCCAUCCUGCCCUGCCUUUCGAAAGUAUUCGAAAGCCAAGUUAACAAACAGAUCAUCGACCAUUUCGAAUACCACCGUACCUUCUCCGCUAUGCAAUCCGGUUUCCGAGCUGGUCACGGGUGCACUUCAGCCACGCUCAAGGUCCUAAACGAUAUUAUAACCGCGAUUGAUAAUAGACAGUACUGUGCAGCCGUCUUCAUCGACCUGGCCAAGGCUUUCGACUCUGUCAACCACCGCAUUCUUAUUGGCAGACUAAAUAGCCUUGGUUUCUCAAAUGACUGCCUCUCCUGGUUCACCAACUACUUCUCAGAUAGAGUUCAGUGUGUCAAAUCGGAGGGCCUGUUGUCUGGACCUAUGGCAGUCUCUAUGGGGGUGCCACAGGGUUCAAUUCUUGGGCCGACACUUUUCUCCGUGUAUAUCAAUGAUGUCGCUCUUGCUGCUGGUGACUCUCAGAUCCACCUCUAUGCAGACGACACCAUUUUGUAUACAUCUGGCCCUUCAUUGGACACUGUGUUAACAAACCUCCAAACGAGCUUCAAUGCCAUACAACAAUCCUUCAGUAGCCUCCAACUGCUCUUAAACACUAGUAAAACUAAAUGCAUGCUUUUCAAUCGAACGCUGCUGGCACCCGCCCACCCGACUAGAAUCACCACUCUCGACGGGUCUGACCUAGAGUAUGUGGACAACUACAAAUACCUAGGUGUCUGGUUAGACUGUAAACUCAACUUCCAGACUCACAUAAAGAAUCUCCAAUCCAAAGUUAAAUCUAGAAUCGGCUUCCUAUUUCGCAAUAAAGCCUCCUUCACUCAUGCUGCCAAACAUGCCCUCGUAAAACUGACUAUCCUACCGAUCCUUGACUUCGGCGAUGUAAUUUACAAAAUAGCCUCCAACACUCUACUCAGCAAAUUGGAUGUAGUCUAUCACAGUGCCAUCCGUUUUGUCUCCAAAGCCCCAUACACUACCCACCACUGUGACCUGUACGCUCUUGUUGGCUGGUCCUCACUACAUGUUCGUCGUCAAACCCACUGGCUCCAGGCCAUCUAUAAAUCACUGCUAGGUAAAUCCCCGCCUUAUCUUAGCUCAUUGGUCACCAUAGCAGCACCCACCCGUAGUCUGCGCUCCAGCAGGUAUAUCUCACUGGUCAUUCCCAAAGCCAACACCUCCUUUGGCCGCCAUUCCUUCCAGUUCUCUGCUGCCAAUGACUGGAACGAAUUGCAAAAAUCUCUGAAGCUGGAGACUCUUAUCUCCCUCAAUAACUUUAAGCAUCAGUUGUCAGAGCACCUUACCGAUCACUGCACCUGUACACAGCCCAUCCGAAAUUAGCCCACCCAACUACCUCAUCCCUAUAUUGUUAUUUAUUUUGCUCUUUUGCACCCCAGUAUCUCUAUUUGCACAUAAUCUCUUGCACAUCUAGCAUUCCAGUGUUAAUACUAUUGUAAUUAUUCUGCACUAUAGCCUAUUUAUUGCCUUACCUCCAUAACUUGCUACAUUUGCACACACUGUAUAUAUAUUUUCUGUUGUAUUUCUGACUUUGUUUUUUUUUACCCCAUAUGUAACUCUGUUGUUUUUAUUGCACUACUUUGCUUUAUCUUGGCCAGGUCGCAGUUGUAAAUGAGAACCUGUUCUCAACUGGCUUACCUGGUUAAAUAAAGGUGAAAUAAAAAUAAAAUAAAAAAACUAGCCCAUUCAAGCUUAACAUCCUUGUCAUUUAUCGCCCUCACAGUUCAUCAAUGAGCUUGACGCCUUGAUAAGUUCCUUUCCUGAGGAUGGCUCACCCCUCACAGUUCUGGGUGACUUUAACCUCCCUACGUCUGCCUUUGACUCAUUUCUCUCUGCCUCCUUCUUUCCACUCCUUUCCUCUUUUGACCUCACCCUCUCACUGUCCCCCCCUACUCACAAGGCAGGCAAUACGCUUGACCUCAUCUUUACUAGAUGCUGUUCUUCUACUAAUCUCACUGCAACUCCCCUCCAAGUCUCCGACCACUACUUUGUAUCCUUUUCUCUCUCGCUCUCCUCCAACACUACUCACUCUGCCCCUACUCAGAUGGUAAUGUGCCGUCGCAACCUUCGCUCUCUCUCUCCCGCUACUCUCUCCUUUUCCAUCCUAUCAUCUCUUCCCUCUGCUAAAUCCUUCUCCCUCCGAUCUCCUGAUUCUGCCUCCUCAACCUUCCUCUCCUCCCUUUCUGCAUUUUAGACUCUCUAUGUCCCCUAUCCUCCCGGCCGGCUCAGUCCUCCCCUCCUGCUCCGUGGCUUGACGACUCAUUGCGAGCUCACAGAAGAGGGCUCCGGGCAGCCGAGCGGAAAUGGAGGAAAACUAGACUCCCUGCGGACCUGUCAUCUUUUCACUCCCUCCUCUCUACAUUCUCUUCCUCUGUUUCCGCUGCUAAAGCCACUUUCUACCACUCUACAUUUCAAGCCUCUGCCUCUAACCCUAGGAAGCUCUUUGCCACCUUCUCCUCCCUGCUGAAUCCUCCUCCUCCUCCCUCUCUGUGGAUGACUUCGUCAACCAUUUUGAAAAGAAGGUUGACGACAUCCGAUCCUAAUUUAUUAAGUCAAAUGACACUGCUGGUCCUGCUCACACUGCCCUACCCUAUGCUUUGACUUCUUUCUCCCCUCUCUCUCCAGAUGAAAUGUUGCGACUUGUGACGGCCGGCUGCCCAACAACCUUCCCGCUUGACCCUAUCCCCUCCUCUCUUCUCCAGACCAUUUCCGGAGACCUUCUCCCUUACCUCACCUUGCUCAUCAACUCAUCCUUGACCGCUGGCCAUGUCCCUUCUGUCUUCAAGAGAGCGAGAGUUGCACCCCUCCUCAAAAAACCUACACUCGAUCCCUCCGAUGUCAACAACUACAGACCAGUAUCCCUUCUUUCUUUUCUCUCCAAAACUCUUGAGCGUGCCGUCUCUAGCCAACUCUCCUGCUAUCUCUCUCAGAAUGACCUUCUUGAUCCAAACCAGUCAGGUUUCAAGACUGGUCAUUCAACUGAGACUGCUCUUCUCUGUGUCAUGGAGGCUCUCCGCACUGCUAAAGCUAACUCUCUCUCCUCUGCUCUUAUCCUUCUAGACAUAUCCGCUGCCCAGUGGCGGCUCCUGAAAAAAUUCUCAGGGGGGGCAAUUUUUCUGAUGAUUUAGGUGACCUACACACAUUUUUAAAAAGAUAUGUCCAGCAACAACAUGAAGACAGGGGCAGCAUAUAAGUCAAUACCAGAAGCAUUUAUUGACUGAUCUCAAAAGUGUUGGCUUACCAGGGUUGGUGGAGCCCUCAGUUUCAUCUUUGCCUCGCAAAGCUAACUCAAACACUCCGCAAAACUUCACACACUGGAUUAGCCGGCUGAGGAUGUGGCGGUUCUUGCUAAUGUCGUAGGAAAUAUAUUUGUUAUAGUGAAUAUGGAAUAUGAUAUGUUGAGUAAAAUGUUGUGCUAAGAUCUAUUUAGGUCAGGAGCUGGUUAUAAGUUCUGUUCCUAUCCAAUAACAAUGGACAAAAGGGUCCUAUCUUGUCAGCCUUGUCAGUUUCAGUUCUCCAGUAAACUUGUGAUUAUCAACACUAACCUCAUCAUUGUGGCGGCGGACAGCUAGCCUGUAUCCCUCAUCCAGUUGAGUGGGAAUGUUCACUCUCCCCAAAGCAGACAAUCUCAAACAGCUAUCCAUGUGGGUCUUUGACAGCUCAUGUUUCUUAAUCUUUCCUGAAAGAUGGUGCAUGUCCGUUACACACCAGUCGCUGUCCAAGCGGUGCUGUCUGCCGUGCCGCCUUCAGGGUGAAAGAGUAAGCAGGGGGUAGCAGAAGACUGCAUUAGCUACAUCGCAGCCUGCUAGCCAGGUUUUUCGUUCGUACCAAUUUUUGGAAAAUCCUCGGGUGUAGGACUUCCCCCCUUUAGUAGAAACCUGUUGAAUUAUUAAAUUUGGUCUGGGAGGUCCUAAUUGUUUCGUUGCCAAUUUAUCUUCAUUUGUUCGCCGACAAAAAGGAACUUCUUUCAAAGACACAAUCGAGUUGCACUGAAGCCUAGCCAUUUUGAUAGAAGUAGUGAAUUGAUUGACGCUGCUACCCGCUCUUUUCUUAGUUACGUUCAUGGUUAUAUGUUACGUAUGACGAAAGCGCGUAAGUGCAAGCCCUCAGAAACCCAUAGAGAUUGUAUUGAAAGCUCUGAUAUUUGAAAAAAAUAGAUUUUACAUGGGAGUCUAUGACAGACUUCUGGGCGAUUUUCAACCUGACUGAAAUCGCCCCAAAAGGGGGGGGGGCCAUUUGAAGCACGACUUUAGCCUGAUUGGACAUUUAGUGGCACUGUGGCAGAUCAGACGUCUAGAUUGCAACACUGAUAACUACUGUUGCCGUGAUAUAAUUGAUUAGAAAAAAAAUCCCUUCCUUUUCCCGUUUGGCAGUGCGUCGCCCAUAUCGCCCUAUUGAACACACCGCCCCUGCCGCUGCCUUUGAUACUGUGAACCAUCAGAUCCUCCUCUCCACCCUCUCCGAGUUGGGCAUCUUCGGCGCUGCUCACUCUUGGAUUGCGUCCUACCUGACAGGUCGCUCCUACCAGGUGGCAUGGCGAGAAUCUGUCUCCGCACCACGUGCUCUCACCACUGGUGUCCCCCAGGGCUCAGUUCUAGGCCCUCUCCUAUUCUCUCUAUACACCAAGUCACUUGGCUCUGUCAUAUCCUCACAUGGUCCCUCCUAUCAUUGCUACAGAGACGACACACAAUUCAUUUUCUCCUUUCCCCCUUCUGAUAACCAGGUGGUGAAUCGCAUGUCUGGCAGACAUAUCAGGAAGGACUGCCCGUUCCAUGAUCUCGCCAUCACGGUUGACAACUCCAUUGUGUCCUCCUCCCAGAGUGCAAAGAACCUUGGCGUGACCCUGGACAACACCCUGUCGUUCUCCGCUAACAACAAAGCGGUGACCCGAUCCUGCAGGUUCAUGCUCUACAACAUUCACAGAGUACGACCCUACCUUACACAAAAAGCGGCACAGGUCCUAAUCCAGGACUUGUCAUCUCCCGUCUGGAUUACUGCAACUCGCUGUUGGCUGGGCUCCCUGCCUGUGCCAUUAAACCCCUACAAUUUAUCCAGAACGCUGCAGCCCGUCUGGUGUUCAACCUUCCCAAGUUCUCUCAUGUCACCCCGCUCCUCCGCACACUCCACUGGCUUCCAGUUGAGGCUCGCAUCUACUACAAGACCAUGGUGCUUGCCUACGGAGCUGUGAGGGGAAUUGCACCUCCUUACCAUCAGGCUCUGAUCAGACCCUACACCCAAACAAGGGCACUACGUUCAUCCACCUCUGGCCUGCUAGCUCCCCUACCUCUACGGAAGCACAGUUCCCGCUCAGCCCAGUCAAAGCUAUUCGCUGCUCUGGCACUCCAAUGGUGGAACAAGCUCCCCCACAACGCCAGGACAGCGGAGUCACUGACCACCUUCCGGAGACACUUGAAACCCUACCUCUUUAAGGAAUACCUGGAAUAGUAUAAAAGUAAUCCUUCUUCCCCCACCCCCCAUAACAUUUUUUAAAAAUGGUUGUCCCACUGGCGAUCACAAGGUGAAUGCAACAAUUUGUAAGUCUCUCUGGAUAAGAGCGUCUGCUAAAUUAUGUAAAUGUAAAUUUGUGUAUUGCUGAUUUAUCAAUAAGGUUAGGGUUCUUGCAGGUUCAAGGAUUAUGCGACGUUCAGAAUGAGACUGAUGAGAGGUAAUUAUUUAAUAACUGACUUAUCGAUAUAUUUAAUAUAUCUUCUAAGAGUUUAAUUCGGAAGAUGGUAACUCGUUAAACAACUUCUUCCGUGCUGCCCCAAAUUCCUAAUGAGUUAAUUGUUACAUGAUUCAUUUAAUCGAGUGACAAUUAAACAUAGUUAGGUGAUUCGAUAAAUAACAGUCAUACAUUAAAGUAAAGUCACGUCACGACAGCGGAGUAGAUGUGAUAUGCAUGGGUUUACUGAUCGUAGUCUUUUACUUAACAAUGAGUCGUCAAAUUCUCUCUCUUUUCUCUCACUUCCUUUGUAUUUUUUUUGUUCUCUCCAUUUCUCGCUUACCCACUUUCUUGGUCUGUCUCCUCUUCUCUCGCUCACUGUCUAACUGCACAUAUUUUACUGUCUCUGUCUCCCUCUCCCUGUCUCUUCUAAUCUCCCUCUAUCUCUAAUUCUCUCUUAACUCAUUUCUCUCUUCCUUCUCCCUGCUUCUUCUCCUCUCUCAAUGUCCGUCCUUACUUCUUUGUAAUGUCUCUCUCUUCCAUCUCUUUCCCGCUACAAAUAUCUUCCUCUACUGUACCCACUUUCUCUCCCUCCUAUACCUCCCUCUCUGUGUAGAUAACUUCAAGGCGGUGUACCAGCGGGCCAGGGCGCACUCGGCUCUCUGCAACGAGGAGGAGGCCAGGAAUGACUUCCAGAAGGUGGAGCGUCUGGAGCCCAGGUUCAAGCCCAUCGUCAAUCAGGAGAUGAAGAGGCUAGGCGAGAACCUCCGGAACAAACACAUCAGCGACAAGAAGAACUACUGGGAAGCUACAGAGGAAAAGUGGGGCCUCAAUGGCACCAAGACCAAGGCCAGGAAAGUAAAGAAAACAGUGAAGUUUCAAGAGGAGAAAAAAGGAGAGGAGGGGAGCGUUCAGAAAGAAGGGGAGACUGUAAAAGAGGGAGGUAGUGAUGGAGUGAGAGAGGAGAAGAAGCCAGAGGGAAAAGGAGAGGAGGGGAGUGCGAAGAAAGCAGCCAUUGCUGAGAAAGAGGGAGGUAGUAGGGGAGUGGAGAAGGCUAGUGGGAAUAGAAGAGAGAGUGUAGAGGUAGAGAGAGAUGGACAGGCGGGGGUAGUUAACAGAGCAGGAGAUAAAGAGACCGAUAUGGCACAGACCAAUGCAGGAAGAGAUAAUGUAGCUACAGAGAGAUCAGGGAAGGAUACGGCUGUGGAAAGGGGCAAAUGUCACUCAACUGCCGCCCAGGAAGUAACCAAGGGAAGCACAGGGAACAAAGGCACCAAUGAGAGUACAAGAAGCAGAGCCAUUCAAUCCCAAUCAACCAAUAGGAGUCCAUUAGCCACUGCAGACCUCCCUAACCUACAGGCCACUGAGGUACUUUCGGAGGUAGCUGAGGAGAUAGUCAGGUUAGACACACAGAUGGAUAGACCUAACAAAGGAGAGGCAGAGGAAAGCAAAAUGGAUGAAGGGAGUAAAACAGAGGGAAAGCGUUCUGACGAACAGCCGUGUCCAUCGGAGGGGGCGAUCCACACCAAAUCUGGGGUCUCGACUGGAAAUAUCAAUCAGUCUUUCAAGUCCAAGUCCAAGCGUAAACACAAGAAAAAGAAAUAAAGGAUACAGGAUACACUGGCAUUGAUAUGAGCAUUAAGUAUCAUGUGAUGAUUCUCAUAAUUCAAUUCAGGAUCAUCGCUUGAGGCAUACACACAACACAAGCCGACGUUGUGUAUAACAAAUACAAAUUUUAUUUAUCCUUUGUACACAAAGAGUAGAAAGCAGCCAGUAACCCACUCGUUAUUUAAAAGCAUUUCUUUCACAAAGGUUUUAUACAGAUUAAAAACCGGCCGGGAGGACAGCAAUAGGGAGGAAUGUUAGUACAGUACAUAAACAAAUAAACAAUUAAAUAAAUGACACAUAAACAAAGUCAUAAACAAAAAUAGACUUCAGAUCGACAUUCAAAUAGAAAUGAUGAGUCUGUGUUUUGCGGUGGCGGGGGCAUCUACCUGUGUGUUAGCAUAGGCUAGUGUAUGUUGUCAUAGCUCUGAUUCCCAUAAGAGUUCAGAUGAUUCAUGGCCCUGCCGUGUUACAGAACGCUAACAACCCUCACUGUGUCUCGUAACGAUGCCAGAGUGCACGGAACUCAAACAUGGAAGGUCUCGCCGCUUACAUGUUGGGAACAAUGAGCGUGCUCGUUAACGGGUUGACCCCACUAUAUAUAGCAGGGGGCACCCCUCGUUGGCCAUGUUCUCGAAACUGUCUCUGCCUCGCUCUGUCUCUGGAGAUGAGCGCUUCUCUUCAAUCCCACCGAAGAUGGUGGGACUGGUUUCCCGCAUGCGGUCGCCCUUCUGGUAGAGCUCCACAGUAGUUCUAUCUUAGAACAUUAGAUGCCUCAGAAAGGGAUAAUCACAUGACUACAGAGAGACGUGGUGUGGGCAAUCUAAUUUAGUGUUAACACUCCCUCAGAGAAAAGCCUUUUGAUGGGUUGGUCUUCAAAGGGCUACAACAGAGGGCCACUACAAAGACAGUAUUGGCUUCUGGGAGUUUGAGUAAGAGGGGUACAGUGAAAAGCUACAGUUCUGCUGCAUUACAAACAGACCAUAGGAAUAUAUAUGCUUCUGUCUGUCUGACAAACUGCCGGCUACAGUGGUAUAAUCAUUAAUUCCACCUAGCCUCUCCUACCUCACUAUUGUCUGAAACACACAACACAUUUAUAUAGGUCUACAGGAGUUAUGGGUAGUACCUUUUGGUUUCUAGGCCUAAUCUCUUCCCCCAGUUAUAGUUCAAUAGAUGCAUUAUUUCAGAGAGAGAGAUGCUGCAUAUAUUCAGAGCCUCAAGUACUCUAUGUUCAGGGGGAUCAUCAAUGUGUAAUGAGAUGUGUGUUUAACAUUAAAGAGUUUCCAAAGAGUUAACAUUCUUCGCGUUGGGUGUUUUUCUUCACUCGAGCACUUCUUAGUUCCUGGAUCCUGACAUGUUAAGAAAGGAUGCCGGUGCAUGUCAGCGCUUGGCAAAGGUAGAACAGAUGUCAAUGAUAAUGACUAUCUACUGUAUGCCAGCUAAACACUAAACAGUGGCAGGCCUCAUUCAGCGGGGGUGGUUAAGGGAGGGGGGGUAUGGAAAUGAGGCGCUCUCUCUUCCCAAUAUGGUUAUUAGCAUUUCCAUUAUGAACGGCGCCCCACCUUGCCGACUCACAAUCUGCAGCGCCGUGUCCUUGGGGACAGUUCCCUAGCAACGGCAUCAAAACAAACAGACAGGCGCAGCAGCGCUCAACGAUGUCAAAUGUGAACACUGGCGCCUGGAGGAGAUAAAGUCUAACGAAUACCGGGAUGGGAUUCAAACAAAUCUUGUUCUUGGCAAUAAGGUCAGAACAUUCUCUGAAUUAAUCUAAACUAUUCGCAUCAUGCCUCCCUGCGAGUGUGGGUGUAAUAACUUGAUGGUUAUGGAAGUGGUAUGCUACAUAAAAAACCCAGAGCAUCUUUCCUCUUUUCCAGGAAAUCGCUCGCAUCCUGUCUGUCUCUUUCUGGAGAUUUGCUGUGGCAAGCACAUCAAAGUGGAUCGCUCCUUUCCGCUCAGCCCAGGAGUGCUAAAUGAACUAUUUUCUUCGUCUUUCCUCGUCUCUCAGAUCUCCACCCCCUCCGAGCUUCCCUUCCACCUCUCUUCCACCUUCCAUCCAUCCUCCCUCCAUGCCGCCAAAACCCUAUUUGAC